AUGGCCCAUGUCAGCGACAUCUGGUACUGCCCCCGGUCUGUAAGGGAUGACGCAGAGCUCCUUCCUCCAAAGCUGGCUGUGGCAAGCCGGUUGGCAAAAGCUCGGGGUGAUGGCGCAGCUGCUAGGGCCGUCCAGGAGCUUCCUGCUGCUCGACUGCCUACUCUACAUGGCGAGUGUGGCGAAUCUGGAGCGAUCGCUACACCACUCAAGCUCAAGCUCCACCGAUACAACAUGUCCUCCGCUCUUGCCUCUGCUCCCACAGCUGCCGCGACCUCGAGAUCUCCCUUCAGCAACAAGAUCAACACCGAGUCCUUCGGCAGAGUCCGUGACAUACUCGCGGACUCUCACGCGUGCCUGUCCGCUUACUACUCACAUCUGAGGGAAAUUGGCACCACUUGGGCGACCGGCAACAGUGAGGCUUGGACCGUCAUGACGGAAGAGGAGCGGCUCACGCAGCUCAAGUCCGAGGUGAAGAAGGUUCGCGGGGCGCUGGAUGAUCUGUUCGGAUGUCCGACCAGUCCCGAGACUGAUGACUUCACGGCGCAGCUGAACAACGAUACCGAGCACGUGAACCCGAAUCUUCAACAGAACAUUCUCUUCGCCCUUCAGCCGCCCGCCGAUGUCGGCGUUGCCAAAUUCUCCGCGCGUUUGAUGGCUCACGAGCUGUUGGACCAGAUGCAGUGGCUUCGGACAUACGUUGGCCGCCUGUCAGCUCGCCUGUCUGAUGAUCUGAAGCCUUUUGACAAUCCCGACAGGCCCGACAGUCCCGACUGCGAUUCCGGACGGACCCGCGAGGAAGAAGCCGAAGCAUCGGAUGCCGCGACCAAGGCAGCCAUCGUCGAGGGGGACAUCCGAGGGCGAGGGGCCAAUGUUGGGCUCUUGCUGUCUACGGUCAUACCUGUACACGAGGCGCUAACGAGAUUCCUCGAAACUGAGGCAGCGUGUGAUUGUGGACAAAGGCGCGCCAACAGCAAGACGAGUGAGGAUACGGCGUCGAGCAAGACCUAG